AUGACUUACAAUUACCACUACGAUUUGGCCACUUCACAACGAAAAGUGAGUUGAUUUUCGAUGGAUCCACUCCAGAAUCAUAUUGUUUCUCAAAUUUUCACUUAACAAAAAAAAGAAAAAGAAGUUUCGUCUCGUCGGGGAUUGAACCAGAACCGACAGAUUGUAGGGCAAAAGCAAAACCCUUGCUCCACGCGUGCAUCCUUGGCGACAUGGCCUCCAGGGCGUACACAUUCCGGCGGGUUCCCACCAGAGCCGGAAGGUGUCGUUCAGAGUUGAGCGGAAAUGGAAUUUUGAAAUCCGGAAGACGGUAGACGGCAGACGGAAGAACAUUUUUUUACGGAACACGGAAAACGGAAGACGGAAGAAAAUUUUUCUCACGGAAGACGGCAGACGGAAGACGGAACAAAAAAAUCGACGGAAGACGGAAUUCCGCUCAACACUGGUGUCAUUGUUGUGGUCGUUCACGUGAAGCCUUCAAAAUCAACCGAUUCGCACCAAAUUUCAUGGACUUUAUCUCGACAUCCUAGAGGGUCCCUUCUCCAAGUUUGGUCCCAAUCGGUUCCCUAGAAACCGAGAAAAUUUCACAUUAAUAAAAAAAGUUAUGGGCUUGCAAUUGGGUUGUCUCUAAUUACCACGUCUUGUUUUCACUUUCUUUAGGUAAUUCUGAAGCUUCUGUUCAAGUGGAAAGGUUCGAUUUGGAAGGCAGUUUAUCAGUGAGCUUUUGACGACUUUCUCCCCAUUCUCACUACUUUUUUCGAUCAUUUGCUCUGCAAACUACGACAAAAUGCGCAACAAUUUCCAGAGAUUUGCUCAUAUGGUGCUUCUGCUACGCGAUAAUCUCGGUCCUCUAUCGCUAUGCACUGGACCGCGAGCAACAAGAGUAAGCGGCCGACGCACUCGCGCCGGCGACACAAAACUCGCGUUUUACAGCACUUUCGAGCGGUUUAUGACGUUCUGCAACCGACGUCUCGACUACAUUCCCAUCAAUUUCAUGCUCGGAUUCUUUGUGACGACGGUCAUCAACCGAUGGAUGACUCAGUUUGCCAAUUUGGGAAUGAUUGACAAGUGGGUCCACUCUUUUCUUCUCUUUUUCCACGUGUUUUCGAUCGAUGACUCGUUCAGUAUUGCGCUUUUCACCUCAAUGUACGUGUCCGGCAACGAUGAACGUGGACGGCUCCUGAGAAGGAGUAUUGUCAGGUUAGUUAGGGACACGUAAAAACUAACAAUAUUCUUUGAUGUUUUGAAGGUUUUGCGUAAUGUCGCAGACGAUGGUCUUCCGUGACAUUCAUAUCGGAGUCCGAAAGCGGUUCCCGACUUUGGAAACGAUGGUAGCCGCCGGCAUAAUGACUUCUGCCGAGCUGAAAAAGUUUAACGAGGUCGAGAGCAGGUUUAGGAUGGCCAAUUUUAUGAUGAAAAGACUUUGAAACUGUUUCAGAUACGCAAAAUACUGGCUCGGCUUCAAUUGGUCCUUUAAUUUGCUCAAUGAGGCGAGGAGAGAGGGUCGAAUCGAGAGCUCCUACACUCAAAAUGCCAUCGCCGAGGUGUGCAGUUAGAAAUUGGAGAAAUGGUCACGAGGUUUCACUUUUAUUCUAGGAAAUUCGAACGUUCCGAAGCGGUCUCUCGUUGAUUUGGACGUACGACUGGGUCCCGCUGCCGUUGAUGUACCCCCAGCUCGUGUUUAUGGCUGUUCAUUGCUACUACGUCGUGUGUUUGGUGUCGCGUCAGUUCACAAUCAACGCGGAUGCUCCGAUGACGACCGAAGUCGAUUUGGCGAUUCCGUUCAUGACGAUCAUCGAGUUCAUCUUCUACAUGGGCUGGCUGAAAGUGGCGAUGGAUCUGCUGAAUCCGUUCGGAGAAGACGAGGACGACUUCGACUGCAACUUUCUCAUCGAUCGCAAUUUGACGGUCGCCAUGGGAAUCGUCGAUGACACGCACGACGACGUGCCGAUUCUCGAGAAGGACAUGUUCUGGAACGAUACCGUCUCGCCGUUGUACUCGAAGGAGGCGGCGCAGAGAAACGUGAACUUCUACUUUGGAAGCGCCACCAACGCCGAUUCACAGUUGGUUUUGCUUUCGUUUUGCUUCAGAUUGCCACAUUCACUGUCCGAGCCCCAACUUUCAGAAAUACCUGUGAAUGGAACAGCGCUUAGUCAAAGUUGUGGCCGUGGCGCAGAAAAGUUCUAGGCCUUGUGAUCUUUUUCGCAUUUUUCUUUGCGUUCGACACAAUCUUCAUGCGCACGGUCUCUAGAGCUGAUAAUGGGCGCAAGUGCGCCCCGCCCAAUAGAGCGAUACAUUGGCGCGAAAUUCAAAUUUUAACAGCAAAUUUUGUGUUUUUUGCCAGAUUAGCCACGAAAAACCGAUAAUUUCUCAUUUGUCUUUCGAUAGACCGAUUGUAUAGGCUAUUACGAAUUUUUUAAGCGCAAGAGCGUCAAAUUUGGUCAAGUCGCAAAUCACAUUUAUCCGUUUGAAGGUUUUUGGCUAAAACUGCGUGAAUUUCAGUUGCUUUUCGGUAGUUUUCGCGGUUCGAGCGCUCAAAAUGCUUGUAUUUACGUGAUUUAUCAUUCUCAAAACCAAUUCUGUCUGAAAACGGUCAAGAAAGCGCAAAAUGAGAAGUGCGGUUUUUGGCGGCGAAGGCGAAAAAGCAAAGUCGGCGAAAAAUGCGCCAAAACGUCAUUAAUUCUGAGAAUUCGUGUGUUUUCAUGUCGAACAAUCAUUUUUCAUCGCCUUUGACCACAAAAAUCAGCGAAAACCUGUUCAAUUCAUGAAAACGCCAUUUGGCCGAGGCCGCCACGCCCAUAUUGUCAGCUCUGGAGACCGUGAUCUGGUCUAAAAAUAUCGGGUUCACAAAAAAAUAAAAAAAAUUGAGGGUUCCUUGGUCCUUUAAGUAUUAUAGGGUCAUCGCACAGAAAUGGCGCUCUGUUGAGAAACUCUUUUUGCAGUGCAAAUUGGGCGAGUUUGAAAAGUUAGGCCACGUUUUCAGUGGAAAAUUACUUCGCGGCCUAGAAAUACGGCCAGAUUGCGAACAGCGCGCCCUUUCUGUCCGAUGCCCCAAUAAUAUUGCCAUCGAUCAAUUCAUCAAGUGCACUAACAAAACAAACGUGCUCGCUGAAACAGUAACUUGCAUUCCAGAAUUCCCGACGACGUGCACCAGAUCACAAUGAUUCCGCAUCCGUUCAACGAGAAACUCGACCGUCAGUACGGCAAACGAACGAACCGAGCGCCCGUCGAAAGUGUGGUCGAACUGAAGCGGGAUCAGCGAUUUUCGACGGGCAACAACCGGAAACAGACUGUCGAGGCGAAGUUUUCGAACAAAAUUGGAGCCAUCUUCCAGAAGAGACAUUCAAAGUGAGAAAGAAACAAUUCAGGAAUUCAGGUUGCAUUGCCUUGUUCCACAACUUAUUAUCAGUGCAAAUGAGACAUUCUUCUUCUAUGAAUGUCCCGAAACAGAAUAGAAUUUAAAUGGGAAAUAACUCAAAAACGCUCAUUUCCACAGAUCGCUCACCUUCACUCCCGAAGGUUUCAACACAAAAACGCGUGCUUCCACCGACGUCGAAACCCUUCCAACAUUUGUGAAUACCCAGAAAGCGUGCUACAGCAAUGCCGAUUGUAUUGUGGAAGUUGGUCGGUUACAGACUUACAGCAGUCCCCAAUCCAAUCAAGACCAAGAGUUUCAGAUGAAGAAAGCAACGUUCCGGUCGAAGAUCCGAAGAAAAGAGUGAAUAUUUCUAGCAAACGAGGUCACUUUCAUAGCUAUUUUCCGGAAAUUGAGAAAAAGUAAACUUUCAGAAAGUGUCAUCUCGAUGGGACGGUCCAGAUCGUUCAAUCAUUUCGGCGAACACGUCGACUAUCAUGACUACUAUGAUUUUGACAAAGAAUAG